CUAGUUUCCACCUGGCUAACAAGAUGAGGAUUACACCGCCACGGAUAACGGGUCUAAUAACCGGCUUUUUGCGGAGCCUGCUGCUGCUUCUCGCGCUGCUUCUCGGGUCCUCUCGUCAGAUGCCGCAUGUUUUAAGAUUCGGAGGAAUCUUUGAGUCUAUUGAGAGUGGCCCAUCUGGUGCUGAGGAACUGGCUUUUAAAUUUGCACUGAACACUAUCAACAGGAACAGAACGCUGCUGGCUAACACCACACUCACCUACGACAUCCAGAGGAUCAAUGUCUUCGACAGCUUUGAAGCGUCCAGGAAAGCUUGCGAGCAGCUCUCUUUAGGCAUAGCGGCGAUUUUUGGCCCCUCCCACAGCUCAUCGGCCAAUGCGGUGCAGUCCAUCUCCAACGCACUGGGUGUGCCACACAUCCAGACCAGGUGGAAGCACCAGGUCUCGGAUAACCGGGAUUCCUACUUUGUCAGCCUGUACCCAGACUUUUCGUCUCUGAGCCGGGCCCUCCUGGACCUGGUACACUUCUUCAGGUGGGAGACGGUCACCGUGGUGUACGACGACAGUACGGGACUGAUUCGUCUCCAGGAGCUGAUCAAAGCACCCUCCAGAUAUAACAUCCGUCUGAAAAUCCGCCAGCUGCCCGCAGAGACGAAGGACGCCAAGCCACUGCUUAAGGAGAUGAAAACGGCUAAAGAGUUUUACGUCAUCUUCGACUGUGGUCACGAGAUAGCUGCCUGGAUACUCAAACAGGCUUUGUCUAUGGGGAUGAUGACGGAGCAUUAUCACUACAUCUUCACAACACUAGACCUGUUUGCGCUGGACAUGGAACCAUAUCGGUACAGCGGAGUGAACAUGACAGGCUUCCGCAUCCUGAACACAGAGAAUCCCCUGGUGUCCUCUGUCGUGGAGAAGUGGUCCAUGGAGAGGCUCCAGGCCCCGCCGAAGCCCGACUCUGGACUGCUGGAUGGAUUCAUGACGACAGAUGCAGCUCUGAUGUAUGACGCGGUUCAUGUUGUUGCUGUAGCAGUGCAGCGGACACAGCAGAUCACUGUCAGCUCUCUGCAGUGCAACCGACACAAACCAUGGCGCUUUGGAGGAAGGUUUAUGAGUGUUAUUAAAGAGGCUUCCUGGGACGGUCUGACAGGACGGGUCCUCUUCAACAAAACCAAUGGCUUAAGAACAGAUUUUGAUCUUGAUGUGAUAAGCCUAAAUGAGGAUGGCCUGGGGAAGAUUGGAACAUGGGAUCCUCCGAGUGGUUUAAACAUGACAGACCAUCACAAGAGUAAAGUGACCAAUGUUACAAACUCCUUAUCCACCAAAUCUCUGAGGGUUGCCACUAUUCUGGAAGAACCCUACGUGAUGUUCAAGAAGUCCGACAAGCCUCUGUGUGGUAAUGAGCGGUUCGAGGGCUACUGUGUGGAUCUGCUGCGUGAGCUCGCUUCCAUCCUGGGAUUCCGGUACGAGAUCCAGCUGGUGGAGGAUGGGCGGUACGGAGCACUGGAAGAAAGCACGGGAGAGUGGAACGGCAUGGUCCGGGAACUCAUGGACCACAAAGCAGACCUGGCUGUGGCUCCCUUGGCUAUUACGUAUCUGAGGGAGAAGGUGAUUGACUUUUCCAAGCCGUUCAUGACUCUGGGCAUCAGUAUCCUGUACCGGAAGCCCAACGGCACCAACCCCGGCGUCUUCUCCUUCCUCAACCCGCUCUCCCCCGAUAUCUGGAUGUAUAUUCUGCUGGCUUGCUUGGGUGUCAGUUGUGUGCUGUUUGUCAUAGCCAGGUUCAGUCCGUAUGAGUGGUAUAACCCCCACCCCUGUAACCCAGAGUCUGACAUGGUGGAAAAUAACUUCACUCUGCUAAAUAGUUUCUGGUUUGGAGUUGGAGCUCUCAUGCAACAAGGUUCUGAAUUGAUGCCCAAGGCUCUGUCCACUAGGAUAGUUGGAGGCAUCUGGUGGUUCUUCACCCUGAUCAUCAUCUCUUCCUACACGGCAAACCUGGCUGCCUUCCUCACCGUGGAGAGGAUGGACUCACCCAUCGACUCAGCCGAUGACCUGGCCAAGCAGACGAAGAUCCCCUAUGGAGUGGUGGAGGAUGGCGCUACCAUGGCCUUCUUCAAGAAGACAAAGAUCUCCACAUACGAUAAGAUGUGGGAAUAUAUGAACAGCAGGAGGCAGACUGUGAUGGUGAAGAGCGUGGAAGAAGGUAUCCAGCGUGUGCUCACGUCUGACUACGCCUUCCUCAUGGAGUCCACCACCAUCGAGUUCGUCACACAGCGGAACUGCAACCUCACGCAAAUCGGCGGUCUCAUUGACUCCAAGGCCUAUGGUGUGGGAACCCCCAUGGGCUCUCCAUACCGAGACAAGAUUACCAUAGCGAUCCUGCAGCUUCAGGAAGAAGGCAAACUGCACAUGAUGAAGGAGAAGUGGUGGAGAGGAAAUGGCUGUCCAGAGGAGGAGAACAAGGAGGCCAGUGCUUUGGGGGUGCAGAACAUCGGGGGUAUCUUCAUCGUACUGGCCGUCGGCCUCGUCCUCUCGGUGUUCGUCGCUGUGGGGGAAGUGCUCUUCAAAUCGAAACAGAACGCGGACAUGGAGAAGCGUUCUUUCUGCAGCGCCAUCGUGGAUGAGCUCACACUGGCCCUGAAGUGCCAGCAGCGUCUCAAACCCAAGCCACAGACGCCCGCCAUCGUCAAAACAGAGGAGGUGAUAAACAUGCACACCUUCAAUGACAGGAGACUGCCUGGGAAAGAGACUAUGGCCUGAAGUCCUUCUCUGCCUCCCUGCCUCUCAGGGGUGAGACAGCUUGGGGUGCAAGGGAGCCAGGGGCAGGAGCAAAUCCCACAAUGCCUUUGGGUCUGCCUUGUCUGCCCCAGUUCUUGUCCCAGAGAUGUUUCCUGUGGAAAUGCAGAUGCCUGGGCACAACAGAUCCGCAAACCUUUACAGGACCGCACAGGUUGCUAGGCAGUCGUCUUGGUUUGGAGUAUCGAGCCUUUUCAGCAGUGUAUGUAGUUUCUCUCAUGGUGUCAGGACCACAACGAGCUUCUGCUCCUUGUCCUCGAUCUGCUCCUACAGAUGUUCGACGUCUGAUGAGACAGAAAGCCUCACAGCUGAAAAAUAGUGCCAUUUCAUUCCUCGUUUAAUGUUUUCUAGGAUGCCUUUGUUAAGUGUCAGUCACACCAUGUUUAAAAAUCAGACUAUGAAGAUUAAAAUUAAUUUUCCUUUUCAUGUCAGUUUUUUUUUUUAAAUAACUUUUUCGACUACGUUAAGAACAAAGGAUUUAAAAUUCCAUAAAAGUUUAGGGUUGAAGCAAAAACUCAACAGAGAAGAAAAUCAGAUUUGACUUCUUCACUGCACUUUUUCUCGGCUAAACUUAAUUACUUCUGAAUUACACGUUGUGUGCCAAGUUCAUCCCCUAGGCAAGACUUCAGUAGGCAGUAGACAAGCUUUAAUUGACAGGACACUUAUUUCUCACUGGCACAAAAGACUGUGAUCUGCAGCACAUGUAGUAUGCUACUUUAACUAAGCGAAUGUUUUGUAAAGCAACAUUUCUGUGAUUGGGAAGUUUAAUUUUAGAAGCAUAAAGAGAAAGAGUGACCAGGCCACAGUUAUGAGUGGUUGCUUUCAAAUUCAGUGGUGAACAGAGGCCUCUGGUCUCAUCAAACACCACAUCAUACACCACACUCAGCCAUAAACACUGAUCGCUUAAGAUGUCUGUCAGAUAGAAACCUCUACAAUCAUUUGUCAUGCCCAUUUACCCCCUAACUGGCUAACUAGUAACUGAGUUACCGCAAAGCAAAUUUGCAAGGUCAAGUCCAUCUCUGUGAUUAGGCUGAAGACAGUUUAGCAUAUCUGUUUUGCUGGAACUCAAGAGUCUGCUCAAGACAGGCUCACAGAUGGCUACUCUCUCUAGUGAAUUAAUUAAAUAUAGUUUACAUGUCUAUAGAACAACAUUUUUAAUUUAUUCGGGUAAAAGAAAUUGAUAUGUGGUAAUAAGAAGAUGAAACAUUAAACUUUUCUGGUUAAUACAAAUCUGGAUAUUAUCAUAUUAGACAAUUAAGUACCCAGAUUAGUAAUUCCAGGCUAUUAUUGUAAAUGAUUUAUAAAUACAUUUUUUGGCUGGAUCAUGUGAAAUGUUAUUGGUUACUAUGGCUGGCUCAUGUUAAAAUGUUAUUGGUUAGUAUGGCUGGAUUAUGUGAAAUGCUGUUGGUUAGUAUGGCUGGAUCAUGUUGAAAUGUUAUUCGUUAGUUUGGUUGGAUGCUGUUGAAAUGUUUAUUUGCUGAUUACAGAGCACAUUUCACUUUCUGAAACAUUUUUUAUCUUAAAGCUUCUAUUCUAAAUGACUAUAAGUAUAAAAGUCAGUUUAACUCGAGUGUUUUUAAAGUAAUUAUCUUACAUUAGAUUUAAUAGGAUGUUUCUCUUCAGUUUUCAAUAGGGACAAGUGCCUGUCUGUGUUUGACAAGACGUUCCUUGCAUAUUCCAUCUGCUGAAUAUGCCAUACCAUUGGUCCACAUCACUGAAUUACACUGAAUUACACUGAUCUACACUCCUUCACUCCAUCCUGUAAUCAAAAGACGCAUAGAUAAUCAGGACGCAUAGAUAACCAGAUGGCAAUAAUGUUAAUAGAACUUUUUUUGUUCUUUUAUAACAUUCUAGACUCCCUGUAAAGGUUUGUUAUUAUUUUUAAACAUGUAGGAGAUGCUGUUCCUUGCAGGACAGAAGAUUUAUCAUCUCACAAUAUACAUUUAAGAGUUUCACUGUUAGUUCUGUAUUGUCUUGCUGUUUUGUAUGAACCAUUUUAGCACAGUUAGCUCAGAUGUAUUAGGUGAUCUGUCACUGCCAUCAACUAAUUAAACCUGAACCUUUUUCGUCUCUCUUGACCACAUUGUGUGGUGAUAAGAAGAUGAAACAUUUAACUUUUCUGGUUAAUACAAAUCUGGAUAUUAUCAUAUUAGACAAUUACGCACCCGCACUAGUAACUCCAGGCUGUAAUUAUAAAUGAUUUAUAAAUACAUUUCUUUUGCUUUUAUGUAAUAUUAUACAAGUUCAACUGAACAGAUGAGUGUUGAAGUGGUUACAUGACCUGAAAUGUUACAUAAAGGAAUGACACAGACAGAACCAUCAAGUCUCCAGGCCUGGAACAAACAAUACUGUCUGCCAGACUUGACAGCUGAAGCAGUCUAGCCCCUCCCCUCAGUCCCUGCCAUCUUUACAAAGCUUUCUCCAAAGCCCCUCCCACCAAGGACACACCUACUUAACCUACCCUUCUGUGUAAUGGGUGCACAAGCAAAAUGAUUGGCAGGUAGGGAGGACCGCCUCCUUGCCCAGGUUUCCCCUCUUUAUUGGUUACUAUGGCUUGAUCAUGUUGAAAUGUUAUGGGUUAGUAUGGCUGGAUAAUGUUGACAUGUUAUAACUUAGUAUGGCUGGAUCCUGUUGAAAUGUUAUUGGUUAGUAGGGCUGGAUCAUGUUGAAAUGUUAUUGGUUAGUAUGGCUGGAUAAUGUUGAAAUGGUACUGGUUAGUAUGUCUGGACCCUGCUGAAAUGUUAUUGGUUAGUUUGGCUGGAUGCUGCUGAAAUGUUUAUUUGCUGAUUACAGAGCACAUUUCACUUUCUGAAACAUUUUUUUUAAAUCUUAGAACUUAUAUUCUGAAUGGCUAUAAGUAUAAAAGUCAGUUUAACUAGAGUGUUUUUAAAAUAAUUAGCUUACAUUAGAUUUAAUAGGAUGUUUCUCUUCAGUUUUCAGUAGGGACAAGUGUCUGUCUGUGUUUGACAAGACUUUCCUUGCAUAUUCCAUCUGCUGAAUAUGCCAUACCACUAGUCCACAUCACUGAAUUACACUGAAUUACACUGAUCUACACUCCUUCACUCUAUCCUGUAAUCAAAAGACGCAUAGAUAAUCAGGACGCAUAGAUAACCAGAUGGCAAUAAUGUUAAUAGAACUUUUUUUGUUCUUUUCUAACAUUCUAGACUCUCUGUAAAGGUUUGACAGAGACAAACUGUACCCUGCUGUUUUAAUUACUUAAACUCUUAGGAACUAACUUCAUAACCCCUCAUGUUUGAUUUUCUCGGGUUUUUUUGUUUGUUUGUUUGUUUGUUUGUUUGUUUGGGGGGGUUGUUUUUUUGCUUUUAUAACUUGCUAGGUUUUCCAAUAUAGUUUUAUAUAGCUUUUAUCAAGCCAAAUUUUGGUCAUUGUAAGAACUGUUCAAGGAAGCAUGUUCACAAGCAUCAUCUGAUGUGCCUGGAAAGGUUAAAAGGUUAUUUUUUGAUUCUUUUGGUUGGGUUCACAAAACAUUGUUUCUAACAAAAAACAGCAAUUUUGUAUAGAGACAAAUUUUGUAGUAAUUUAUCAUUUAUACUGGUGCCAAGAACAGAGAUGUAGCUUACUGUAUAUGUAAAGUAUUAUAAACCACAUUAUUUUUAACAUCCCUAGAAUUCUCCACAUUAAACCCUGUGGUUUUCAAGACCAGAAAGACAUUCUCAGUUUUCCAAUCAUCAUUUUAAUAAUUUUAAUAGUUUACUCUGAUGAUGUGUAUGUUUAGGUUGUCUGAGGUAAAACCAUUUUCCAACAUAAUGAUAACAUAAAAGAAAUUACUCAAGAACAUGCAAUUGUUCUUGAGCAAGCUUUAAAUAUCUUCAAAAUGUGAUCUGCUAUUUUGGAAUGGAACAAUAUACAUCAGGAGUUCACAGGCUGAAAUUGUAAUAAAA